CAUUAGUGCUGUGCUCAUGCGGAGUUGUGCAUGAUUCCGAGUACUUCCGCAACAUUCUGCAUGAUAACAGUCACUGCACGCGUCGAUCGCCACACUGCCGCCUUCGCAUCAGUUCUUUGUGAACCGCCAUGACACAGACGACAGCCCGCCGAGUGACGUCAACCCUCCUGUCUGCACUCUAUGUGUUUGCGGGAGCCGUGAAACUGUAUCCUAUCAUAGGCAGCGUCUAUCAAGAAAUGAGACAAGAGUUCGUCAAGUUCGCCAACGUGUUCCCGGCCAAUAUCGUGGGACCGCGUCUUGACCCAGCGACCUACAUGUUCUUCGUUGGUGUAUUGGAAGUCAGCCUCGGUCUGGGUAUGAUGCUUGGAACAGGGAAGGUCAAGGUUGUAAGUACUGGCGGCUUGAUGGUGGUCAUGGUGGGAGCAACAAUUUCUCAGUUCAAUAUCGGGAUGUACGCUAAGGCCCUGUUCCCGGCUGGUUUGUGUCUUGCCCUGGGGUAUGUCCUGAACAGCGACUGGAGGGAUGAACAGAAGAAGAGACAGUGAAAGUAACUUACGUCUGGUUAACAUACAUACUGUAUGUCAUUGGCAGACAGUCAUGAUGGUUCAGUUCAAAGUGGUGCUGUUUUCCAAGGUGGUGAUCCACAAUGGUUGUACAACAGGGUUUUACUAAUGAAAUUUUUAUGGAAGUUUUUGUCGGAUGUGGUCGAAUGUUGGGAAAAUGUUCUUUUGUGAGAGUGAACAAACUACUCACAAUU